ACACUUUUGAAGUUGAGCUUGAGCUAUGGAGAACGAUUGUAUGCGAUGUUCGCUUGAAAAGAUAGAUCCCUCAACAAGCUUGCAAUGACCAAGCAAUUCUAAACAACAUAUUCCUAACAAAAAACAAGCUUGAGUAGAGAAAGAACAAAACACAAAAAGAACACACUUUUUUAAUGAAAUAGACGAAGACCCGAGAAUGAAAUAACAAGAUUCUUGUGUUGCAGCCUUCCCAUACUUGAGAUCUUUGUCAUGAAAUCUAUGAGGCUUCCUGGCUUCCUUCCUUCAGUAGAUCUGUGGGCAAAUAAAGAAUAAAGAUUUUCAAGCAUAUUCCUACCUUUGCUUUUUUGAAGAGUAAGAGCCGAUCUUGUACUUGCCAACAUGGCAGGCCUUGUUUGCCAGUAUGGUAAGGAAGAUGAAGGUGAAUCGAGAGUUUUGGUUGAUUUUUGGAAGAUGAACGAAAAUAUAAGGCCAAUGUUAAAAGGAUUUGAAUCUUAUCUGAUAAGGACGUUGGGGUGUGUUGUGAAUGAGUUUUUUUGACGAUAUUUUGAGGAUUUGAGGCUACAGCCACCAGCCCACCACCUUCUGUAUACGGGCUCCGUCGUUCACGCGGGCCUGCCUUCUCAAUGAUACUUUUACCUAACAAAGACGGACACGUGGCUCGAAGCUGUUGACAUCCUUCCUCACAUGCCCGCAGGGAAUGAACUCUCGCUUCAAAAUCAAAAGGCGCCAAAUAAACACCCCUUCGAGCCAAAUGGGAAAUCCACUCAUCUUUUGGCGGGAGAAUUAAAACCCUUUUUCUUUUGAGAGAGAAAAUAUGGAAAUAGAACGUCGCUCAAAACCCAAUAAGUGCGACGAGAAAGGCUAGGUGAGGGCUCUUUGAUCCUUUUGAUUAUCAUUUUUCAUCUCUUAAUCCUCUAAUUGGAGCCCUCCAGAUCCCUCAAACGACGUCCUUCUCCCGUUUCCAGAUCGGUGAUCUUUUGUAGGGUUUUCGAGUUUGAUUCUGUAGGAUAUGGCAGAGAUGAUGACUACAAUCGAAGUAGACGAUGAUUUGAAGGACGUCAAAACUAAAGCCCAGGGCCAGCCCAAGCGCUCACUAAAACGAAAAAGACCAGCUUUGGCCUGCAAACUGACUUCUCAACAGAAGGAGUCGCAAAUCGAGGCGUAUCAGAAGGAGAUCGAGGGGCUUUUUAGGUCUUACAGAGAAAUUAUGUUGGAGAAAAGGUUGGAGUUGGAGUUGGGUGACGGUGGCUCACUCAACGCCAUGGUUGCGAAGCUGUUGCAUGAGAGGUGUGACGCCUACUCUAGGUUGUCGGAGGAGAUCCUUGGGAAGGUAAGUGAGAGGUUGGGAGAUGGGAUUGUGACCAUCGCCAAGGUGAAGACGUCGGUGCUUUAUGUGGGGCAGAGGUUGGCGUAUGGAGUGCUCAAGGCUGAUGCGGAUAUUCUAGAAGACGAGACGGAGGCGUGCCUCUGGUGUUGGGAGACAAGGGAUGUAAAGUUGAUGCCUACAUCUGUACGUGCUGCACUGAGAAUUCGGCGCACUUGCCGGAAAAAGAUAUGUGAGAGGAUUAACGCUGUUUCUGGGAUGAUAGCUGCGUUACAAAAGUCAGAGAGUGAUCAAACUUAUGAAAAAUGUUUGAUGAAUGCAAUGGAGAAGCUUGCAAAAGUGUUGAGUGAGGCACAGAUUCGUUCGGUGGUGGAUGGCAUGUUACAGAAGAGUAAUGCAGAAAUUGCUGAGAAGGAAGUAAAGCCAGAAGAGAAAUUACUAGUGGAGCAGCUGAAAAAAGAGACGCGAGAAGCUGAGAAGGAGAAAAAGAGGAUGAAGCAUGAACUGAGGAAGGAGAAGUUGCAGAGUGAGAAGAAGCUGAAGCAAUUGCGUGAGGCAGAAAAAAACGAGACACGUCGAGAAAAGGAUGAGUCUGAAACAAAGAAACAGCUGGGAGAUGCUGAAAGAAGUCAACGACGUCGUGAGAAGGAAGAAGCUGAACUGAAAAGGAAAGUUGCCAUUCAAAAGCAAGCUUCAAUGAUGGAAUGCUUUCUUAAACGAAGCAAAACUAAUUCGCCAGGUCAAAAUGACCACCCUUCAAGCAAAGCUAAUUUGACUGAUUCUUUGAGCAAAAACCGUGAAUAUAUUUCCAAUUCAGUAACUUUGUCAAUGGACCAUGCUCUUUCUUCAAAUAAUGAGAUUACCACUCAUGAUACCCGCAAGUUACAUGUAUCUUCUUGGCGCCAUUUAGGUCAUUCCAUUCGUUCAAACAAGAAACAACGCUGGGGCAUGCGCCAGAAGCCAAAAACCAAAUUAUAUGAAGAACUGAAGCUAACUACUAAUAGACUAUCUUGUGACUAUGGCUUGAGAGUGGAGAAGCUCGAAAAUGGAUGGGGAGAGCAGACUCCUGAUGGUGGAUCAUGCCUUACUGACAUAGCUUGUUCUCCUGAGGUUCGAAAGUACAGUAUAAGGAAGCAAUUGUUGCAGUUUGAUAAAAGCUGUAGACCAGCAUUUUAUGGUGUUUGGCGGCGCAAAAGUCGUGUUGUUGGAGCACGCCACCCUUUAAGGAAGGACCCAGACAUGGAUUAUGAUGUUGAUAGCGAUGAGGAAUGGGAAGAGGAGGAACCAGGUGAAAGCCUCUCUGAUUGUGAAAAAGAUUGCGAAGACAAUUUAGAGGAAGGACUCCCAAAAGGCAAUGAUGAAGAUGAAAGUGAAGAUGGAUUUUUCGUGCCUGAUGGCUAUCUCUCAGAAAAUGAGGGGGUACAAGCUGACAAAAUGGAGUCUGAGUCUUCAAUUGAGGAACCCCAAAGUUCACCUACUCAUGUGGAAGAUUGGAAGACACUGGAUUUUUGUGCAUUGCUUCAACAACAGAAACAUCUAAACAAUUUAACUGAGCAUGCACUUCGGAAAAGCCGACCCCUUUUUAUAUUAAAUUUGAUGCAUGAGAAGGCCCCAUUGUUAGCUGCUGAAGAUCUAUGUGGUAAUUUUAAACUCGAACGGGCUUUUUUGCAAGCUUUGACUGUGCGUCCAUUUCCAACUGGCCCACAUGUGGAGAUAUCAGUGGACAACAUGCAAGCCGAGGAUCAAGAUGCUUGUCCAUCAAAUGGAAAGGAUGGCACUGUCACAAUUUCCACUAUGGAUUCUCUACCAGAUUCGGAUAUGCCUACGUUUGUGUCUGCCAUUCAUGCAUGCUCACAGAGUAUCAAUAAAGUUGUAGAAUCCUUGCAACAGAAAUUCCCUUCAGUCCCAAAAACUCAAUUAAGAAAUAAAGUGCGUGAGAUAUCAGAAUUCACAGAGAACCGCUGGCAGGUGAAGAAAGAAAUUGCGGAAAAGUUUGGCAAGUCAAUUUCGCCAGAGAAGAGUGGAGAGAAAAGUAAAAGUAUUGCUUCAUUUUUCUCAAAAAGAGUGAUUGACACUUUGAAGAUGCCUUAUUUGCCUCCCCGAGAGGUACAUGUUCAAGUGUCUCAUUCCAUGCCAACGGAGAAGGUAGAGAUCUUCAAAUCCUUGGAGGAUUGGGCUGAGAGUAACAUCUUGGUGCACCUGAAGCCUGUUGAGAAAUGUUGGCAACCUCAAGACUUUCUGCCUGUACCGGAGUCAGAUGGAUUCUUCGAGCAAGUCAAGGAGUUGAGGGAAAGAGCAAAGGGACUCCCUGAUGACUACUUUGUUGUCUUGGUGGGAGAUAUGAUCACAGAAGAAGCGCUUCCCACUUAUCAAACAAUGCUCAACACUCUGGAUGGAGUUCGAGACGAGACUGGUGCAAGCCCUACUUCUUGGGCUAUCUGGACAAGGGCAUGGACUGCUGAAGAGAAUAGACAUGGUGACCUUCUCAACAAGUAUCUUUACCUUUCUGGACGGGUUGACAUGAAGCAAAUCGAGAAGACAAUUCAGUAUCUGAUAGGGUCGGGAAUGGAUCCUAAGACGGAAAACAAUCCCUACCUUGGUUUCAUCUAUACUUCAUUUCAAGAGAGGGCAACCUUCAUCUCACAUGGGAACACAGCCAGGCUAGCUAAGGAGCAUGGGGAUGUAAAGCUGGCACAGAUAUGUGGCACCAUUGCCGCUGAUGAGAAACGCCAUGAAACUGCCUACACCAAGAUUGUGGAGAAACUCUUUGAGAUUGAUCCCGAUUGCACUGUGUUGGCUUUAGCUGACAUGAUGAGGAAAAAAAUCUCUAUGCCAGCUCACUUGAUGUAUGAUGGCCAGGAUGAUAAGCUUUUUGAACAUUUUUCAGCCAUUGCCCAACGGGUUGGGGUCUAUACUGCAAAGGACUAUGCUGAUAUUUUGGAAUUUCUGGUGGGAAGAUGGAACAUAGAGAAGCUGACAAGUCUAUCUGGGGAGGGACGGAAAGCUCAAGAUUUUGUUUGUGGAUUGACCCCAAGGAUUAGAAGGCUGGAGGAGAGAGCUCAGGGAAGGUCAAAACAAGCAUCCACUGUGCCAUUCAGCUGGAUUUUCGGUAGAGAAUUGAAUGUUUAGUGCUGAAUCAAGUCAAAGUAUGUUGCCUGCUGCUGCCUGUCGCAUCUCAUGGACCAACCCAAUUGGUCUCGUUUCAAUUCCUCCGUAUGGCGACAUUGGGAUGGUACUUGUGUCUUGUUUAAGAGUUGUAGACAUAUAUUGACAACCAAGGACAAAACCAUAAUGUUUUUCUUGUUCUCUUCUUUCAGCCUCAGAAAACUAGAAACAGCUUGUGUUGCUUUAAAACGUGUAUCAUCCCAGCUUUUAUUGCUUUUUUUUAAUCUAUAAAUAAAUUGUUAGAGUGUUAAUAGCU